AUGGAGUUUGCUCCAUGUAUUUGGAUUUGGUUUGAAAGUGGGGCAUCUGCUCUGGGUGUUAUGUUGCUGGGUAGCAGCAUCUAUGGUUUCCAUGAACUGGUUCAUUAAUGGUGAAUAUAAGGGUGCCAAGGCGAGUCUCCUCGAUGAUAGUAGCAGCAAGAUGUGGUUCAAAUUCCCAAACUACAGCUUCAAGAUCCACCAUCAAUACUAUCAGUAUGUGGGUUCCAAGAGAAUCAGCAAGACUUGGUGGAGGAAACUCUUGUUUUCAUGGGUGAUUGUUUGGGUUUUGGCUUCUGUUUUCAUCUUCCUUUAUAUGAGCUCUCAAGCUACUGAGAAGAGGAAGGAGACACUGGCUAGCAUGUGUGACGAGAGAGCUAGGAUGCUGCAGGAUCAGUUUAAUAUAAGCAUGAACCAUAUCCAGGCUAUCUCCAUUUUGAUCUCAACUUUCCACCAUGGCAAAAGUAUCUCUGCUAUUGAUCAGAGAACUUUUGCGAAGUACGCCGAACGAACUGCUUUUGAGAGGCCCCUUACAAGUGGUGUGGCAUAUGCUGUGAGGGUGUUCCACUCGGAAAGGGAACAAUUUGAGAAGCAACAGGGCUGGACUAUUAAGAGGAUGGAUACUCUUGAACAAGAUCCAGUUCAUAAGGAUGACUACAAUCCCGACCUCUUCGAACCGUCACCAAUUCAGGAAGAAUAUGCUCCUGUUAUCUUUGCGCAGGAUGUCGUAUCACAUGUGGUUUCUAUUGAUAUGCUGUCGGGAAAGGAAGAUAGCAAGAAUGUAUUGCGUGCGAGGAAAUCGGGAAAAGGGGUGCUAACAGCUCCUUUUAGGUUACUAAAAACAAAUCGUCUUGGAGUUAUUUUGACAUUUGCAGUCUACAAGAGGGGUCUUCCCUCAAAUGCAACUCCUAAUGAGAGGAUUCAAGCAACUGAUGGGUAUCUCGGUGGAGUGUUCGAUAUUGAGUCACUUGUGGAGAAAUUACUACAACAGCUUGCGAGUAAACAAACUAUCCUCGUGAAUGUAUUGGAUACAACUAAUCAGUCUUACCCUAUAAGUAUGUAUGGCUCAAAUGCUUCAGAUGACGGCCUGGAGCACGUCAGCCACCUUAAUUUCGGAGAUCCUUUCAGAAAGCAUGAGAUGCGCUGCAGGUUUAAGCAAAAGCCACCAUAUCCAUGGUUAGCAAUAACCACUUCAAUUGGCAUCCUCAUGAUUGCAUUACUUGUUGGCCAUAUAUUCAGCGCAACUGUUAAUCGAAUUGCCAAGGUGGAAGAUGACUGCCAUAAGAUGAUGAAACUCAAAAAACAGGCCGAGGCAGCUGGUGUUGCCAAAUCUCAGUUCCUUGCAACUGUUUCCCAUGAGAUCAGAACCCCAAUGAAUGGUGUUCUAGGAAUGUUGCAUAUGCUUAUGGACACGGAUCUAGAUGUUACACAACUAGAUUAUGUCAGAACUGCUCAAGCUAGUGGAAAGGCUCUGGUUACACUUAUAAAUGAGGUUUUGGAUCAGGCUAAAAUCGAAUCUGGUAAGCUAGAGCUCGAGGAAGUGCGGUUUGAUCUACGAGCAGUCUUGGAUGAUGUGUUGUCACUGUUUUCUGGGAAAGUUCAAGACAAAGGAGUAGAGUUGGCAGUUUACAUUUCUGAUCAAGUGCCCGAAGUGCUAACUGGUGAUCCCGGGAGAUUCAGACAAAUCAUCAUCAAUCUCAUGGGGAACUCCAUUAAAUUCACGGAGAAAGGACACAUCCUGGUCACAGUUCAUCUUGUGGAAGAGGUGAUUGGUUCGAUAGAAGGCAAGACAGAAUCUUCAUCAAAGAACACCUUGAGUGGUUUUCCUGUUGCAGAAAGACGCCAGAGCUGGAAAGGAUUUAGAACUUUCAGUCUAGAAGGAUCCAUGCAUCCUUUCUCCGACAGCAUUAAUCUUAUCGUGUCAGUUGAAGAUACAGGAGAAGGGAUCCCUUUAGAAGCACAGUCUGGUGUUUUCACCCCUUUUAUGCAAGUUGACCCUUCUAUUUUCCGGACACAUGGCGGCACGGGUAUUGGACUUAGCAUAAGCAAGUGUUUGGUUAAUCUGAUGAAAGGAGAAAUUGGUUUCGUUAGCAUUCCGAAGAUUGGGUCCACCUUUACAUUUACUGCUGUUUUCACCAGCAGCUCCUCUAGUUCAAAGAAGAACAAGAGCCAGCAAAUCAACAUCUAUUCUAACUCUGUUUCUUCCCAGUUUGAUGGGAUGAGAGCAUUAGUUAUGGAUCCUCGGCCUGUCCGGGCCAAGGUGGCAAAAUAUCAUAUACAACGGCUAGGAAUCGAUGUUAAAAUAGUUUGUAAAUGGGAACAAGGUUUAUUCUUCAUAAGAAAGGGGAGUAUAAACAUGGUUCUCAUCGAACAAGAAGUUUGGGAUAAGGGUCUGAAUGGUUCAGCUCACUUUUUCGAUAACUUGGACAAGAUGAAUCGUGGUACUCCUCCAAAGGUAUUUCUUCUGUCUAAUUCUAUAAGCUCUUCCAGAGCAAAUACUACUACUACUGGUGUUCGUAACUUGACCGUGGUCCCAAAGCCCUUGAGGGCUAGCAUGUUAGCCGCAUCUCUACAACAAGCAAUGGGUGAUGGGAACAAAGGAAAUCCAUGUAAUGGGGAGUUACCUCGAGCGCCUCUUCAAAACCUUCUUAUUGGGAGAAAUAUUCUAAUCGUAGAUGACAAUAAUGUGAAUCUAAAAGUAGCUGCUGGUGCAUUGAAAAAAUAUGGAGCCGAUGUGGUUACUGCUGCAAGAGGAAUAAAAGCCAUUGAACUGCUCACACCACCUCACCAGUUUGAUGCCUGUUUCAUGGAUAUCCAAAUGCCAGAAAUUGACGGGUUUGAAGCUACAAGGAGAAUUCGGGAAAUCGAAAAGAAUAUCAAUAAUCACAUUCACUUUGGCGAAGUAUCAGUGGAAGCUUAUAACAAUGUUUCAAACUGGCAUGUAGCCAUCUUAGCUAUGACUGCAGAUGUUAUCCAGGCUACGCAUGAGGAAUGCCUAAGGUGUGGAAUGGAUGGAUACGUAUCAAAACCAUUCGAAGCGGAGCAAUUAUACCGCGAAGUUUCACGUUUUUUUCAGUAAGCAUCAGAUCACAAUCUUUCUGGAAGAUUUCUGCUCAUGACAUGCCGAUGGCAUCAAAAUAUAGGACUGCCCCUGCUCCGACAUUACUUCGGGAUACCAUAAUAAAUUCCGAUUCUUUCGCAAGGAAACAUAUGCUUCAUUGCAGGAGUGUACAUCAAAAACCUUUUGAUAUAUUUUUUUGCUGGCAAAGUCCGAGUUCAAAGAAUUGAGGAUUUGCUUGCUAUCCCAGCAAUAGAAGAGGGGAUCGUUCCUUUGUAUAUUUUAGCUGCAAUAAAAAUGCUAGACGUGGUAUUUUUGUAUUAGGGUUUUUUAUAAAGAGAUUGUUUAAACUAGGAAUCCUUGUACGGUGACAACAAUGUAUCGGUUUGUGUGAU